CUUAUAAUCUUUUAUUUAUAUUUUUUCUACAUGUUAUUAUAAUAUUGAUAAAGAACUUAUAUGUCGAAGAACAUAAAGGUUGCAUUGUACGUUUGUCUUGUGUGAUCCACAGUAAUCAAGUUGGUCAUGGUGGUGUUACAAGGUUAUGUUGCAAAGCCUAUAUCAACAAUUUUACAGCAUGGUCUACGUCACAAGAUUGGGAGGACAACUGUUAGGCUUAUGAGUGUUGAUAAUGUUGCUUUAAACCCAGCAAGUGGCUUUGAUUGGUUGUUUAAUUCUGCUCCCUCGUUCUAUAUCAAUGGAGACAAUGUUAAAGUCAUAAACGAACCAUCAGAGUUUUAUAAUACGCUCAAGGCCAAUAUUUCCAAGGCAAGGAACAGGGUGACUUUGGCAUCUUUGUAUUUGGGAACAGGAACACUUGAACAAGACUUGGUCUCAUGCAUCAAAGAUCGUCUUCUGCAUUCAAAGAAGGCUAACUCGGACUUCAAAGUUUCCGUAUUGCUCGACCACACUCGAGGAUCGAGGGGAAAAUCUAGUAGUUCAAGAACAAUGCUGCUACCCUUGCUUCGUGACUUCCCUGACAACACAAAAUUCUCAUUCUUCCACACGCCUGAGCUUCGUGGCCUCCUGAGACGGAUCGUGCCGGAGAAAUAUAACGAAACAAUCGGAGUUAGCCAUCUCAAAGUAUAUUUGACUGACGAUUCCUUCAUCAUCAGUGGGGCAAAUUUAAGCAACGAUUACUUCACAAAUCGGCAAGAUCGCUACAUCCUCGUUGAAAAUUCACCAAAAGUUGCUGACUUCUUUGACGAUCUUGUGAAGACGGUGAGCGACCUCUCUCUGGAACUGCAAAAGGACGGAAGAACGUUUUUGAAUCCCACAUCUUCCCCCCACCCCUUUCGAGAUUGGGACGGGGGCAAACUAUAUAAACAGACUGCAAAUUUGAAAGUUAAAAAUUUCAUCAAUAAUUGGACGGAAAGAUCACGGUCUGCUGUCGAAACCACCGAAGGGGAUACCCUCAUAUUUCCACUCUUACAAAUGGGUCCGCUAGGGAUAACACAGGAUGAGCAGGUGACCUCAAGGAUAUUUCAGGAUGCACCAAAAGGGUCGAGAUCAUAUCUAGCGACUGGAUACUUCAAUCUGACCCCUAGAUACUUAAAAGACAUACUCAAAGCUCAGGGAUAUUAUGACGUUCUAUGUGCUCAUCCUUUAGCCAAUGGAUUUUAUAAAGCUGGAGGAAUUAUUGGAGGAAUACCAGAUGCUUUCACUCAAUUUGCAAAAGAGUUUUACCAACAGGUCAAUGAGUCUAGACAGACGGAGCGAAUAACACUCCAGGAAUAUCUUCGAAGUCAGUGGACGUUUCAUGCCAAGGGAUUAUGGUAUAUCCCGCCUUUUGAGCACCUUCCUAACCUCACUCUUAUUGGCUCUCCAAACUUUGGCCACAGGUCGCUGAAGCGGGACCUCGAGAACCAAACUGUUCUUGUAACCAAUAACGUCAGAUUGCGUGAGCAACUACGUCACGAAUAUGAUCACGUGUAUAAGUACGCUGUUAAGGUCGCUGGCGAGACUUUCGAGAGCCAUGAACGUAGGGUGCCAUUGUGGGCUCGGAUUGUCAGCGGGUUGACACGCAGCUUCUUUUAAUGAGACGUAAAAUUGAAUGUGUCGUGGAAUUUUUCGCGCCAGUAUGGUUUUGGGAUGUUUUGGAAGAGCAUCAGGAAUUUUGAACUUUGCAGAAGAUUUGCAGAAGGGGACUUUUCUGGGGACACCCUGUAUAGGUAUGAUCUCAUUGAGCUUAAACCACUCUCAAACACGCAAGAAUACACACAAGAUAACUUAAUGAAAUUGUAUUUUAUAAAUGUGUCAGAACAAAUUUUUACUUUGUCAGUUGGACUAUGUUUCCUCGUGAGUCGACUUUUAUAAUGCUGAUGCUUUUAUGCACCUGUGGGCCGCUAAUAGCUCUCGGGCAUUCAAAUUUUAACAAUAGGAUAAUUGCUAUGCCUAUGGUGUCACUUUUUUGGAGAGCGCAGUGUACGAAUGUAAAGUGUAUAUUUCAAGCAUUUCAAGCCUUUGAAAUGCAAUCGUACACAUUUCGUUUGUGCCGUUGAGACCAAUCGUGAUUGGGGCCGGGUUUUUGUUUGUGUGGUUGCUUGAACUAAUCUUUUGAACCAGGUUACCAGUCGUGAGCAUGACAGCAUGUUGUUGUCAGUUUUGUGGAGGAAGCUAAAUUGCUUCGGAAAAUCUUGUUGAAAAUAAUCCUUUGUAAAUUAUAUUUCACGGGAAUCUUGGACUUAAAGCGUGUAUGAAGGUGAGUAAAGUAUCUUCAUCCAGAGUCUUAGUGUAAUUAUUUGCCUGAACAUUUGUGAUUUCUCGUUAUAAUUGAUUUAAAUGUUUUGGCUAUGACCGCGGACACGACUUUAGUCUGUUUAGGGCAAACUUUAUUACCGUGGUAGACGGUAGUCAAGGCAAAGUAAAGUAUUUAUUCUAUCAUUCCCUUUCAGAAUGUACGAAGCUGCUUUUGAUUCAACUCUUAUGGCAAAGGCAAAGAAUCAGGCGCUUUGAAGAUGACAGAAGUUUUUGUUGCUUUGACGUGGAAGAAGCUACUGAAGUAAUGCAACCAGGGUCUGGGAUUUUACCCAUAGAAGAAUUGGUUUGGGAUUCAGGUUUCUGCAUGCGAUUGGCGCUGUGCCGGAUUACUUACGAUUAUGCUACUAUCCGCGAGUGGAAAUUUCAAGUUAUUCCACGGAAUUAAAUAAUUAUGUUGCUCGUCAAUCUGUUCGUUAAACCGCAUGAAGGAGCUUCCUCCGUUGCGUUCAAAGUCCUUUCUCCUUUCAUCAUCGCUCACCUCGAUACCAGAUGAUCCUGCAUUGAAAGAAGAGAUCUCCACGCCCACAAUGAAACGGAGUCUUUCGUCUCGAAGGAAGAGCACCAAGGAAUGAAAGGAAAAGGACAGAAGCCGAAGCAAACAAUCUCUAACGCAACGUGUUGUGGAAAGAGAGUUAAAGAGGGCAUUGUCGCAUCGUAAUUCAGAUGCUUGAGACGUGGACCGCUCAAUGAUUAUUCAGUGAUUAAUGUACAGAAGAAGUUCACUCCAAGGAACUGCCAACGAUGACCUUCUCGGAGCGGAACAAAAGCUAUUCGGAGGCAUGUCAUUUAGUGUUAUCAGUUAACUGGACUUUGUGAGAGUUUUCUUGCAAAAUGUUUGCCAAGAUUGGUGGCGAUCGAAGGUGGACAGCAAGAUCGAAGCUCAGCAAGAUUGAAGAUUGUUCGAGGAAGAAGGAGUUCGCCGUUGACUAAAAGGUUUAUCUGAACAGCUAGUUGUCAAGAUGAACGUGAAGAGAAAAAAGAUGAAAUAGAAGACUCGCCCGGCCAAAUUCAAAAUGGCGAUGCCGAAGAAAACCAUCCACGUGGACCGU